GGGGCUAGAGGUUGAGCGCUCCAAAUAACGGAGAGAGAGGCGGAGGAGGGAGGAGGGAGAGGCUGAAUCACAGGGACAGAGAGCUGGAGUGUGUGAGAGGCUUUGUGCUUCAUGUGCUUCUCAGGAGGAUGACUGAUGAGAGGACUACAGCUCCACUUUCUUUUUCACUGGAGGAUUUUUAAAUGGAUUCUACUUCCACUAAGUCAUUGCUUUAAUACUGGAAUGUUUUCCGGUUAUUAACCUCUGUCUGCACAACUGCUCCAUGGUCCAUAACAGCAGGAAUGCCGCAUAAUUUCCCAGUCCAGGACAUGGUUUCCUGAGCAGCCCUACCGCCUACACACCACAAAGGGGAAAACCAGUCAACCCUGGGCCAUGACUGCUCUGCUUCCCAACGUCAGUGUUCCUGGGAGUACAGCAGUUCUGCUGCCGACUACCGACUCUUCAUUUAACCUGACAGCAGCUGCUCUGGCAGGACUUGGUUCAGGCCAGUCACUGGCCCCUCUCUGCACACACUGUUGCUGUGGAUUUCUCAAUCGCACCUUGGCAGUGAUUUUCAUGGUCAGCCUGGCAUUUGCCAUUGUGGUUGGAAAUGUUGUCACCCUUACUGUCUUUGUGCAAACGAGGCAGUCACGAACACCACAGGGAUACCUGAAAGUCUCUCUGGCCAUAGCAGACAUGAUGGUCGGUGUCCUUGUGGUCCCUUUCUCUGUCUACACCGAGAUCUCUCUGAUGGUGACCAGCACUCCUCCCAUUUGGUACCAGGGUAGUUCUACUUCCCCAGCCACCUCCUCUUCUCUUGGGGGACUAGUCAGCCCUUGGCAGCCCUGCAUGCUGAUUGGCCCAGUGUUCGCUGGAUGCACUUUUGUCUCUAUCAGCACCAUCUUCCUCAUGACACUGGAGCGAAGUGUGGCCAUCCUACGGCCACUCCACAAGGACGCCUUGGUGACCCGGAGACGAACUCUGCUCCUCAUCCUGCUCUCCUGGGCCGCCAGCUUCCUGCUUGCUCUUGCGCCCCUCAUCUUCAGCAGCAACUUUACUUUGGAGUACAAUGAGUGCAGUCGUAUGUGCAACUACACCCCACUAUUGUUUGGAAGCCAGCUGCCACCUGAUGCCAACAUUUUGCUGUUGUUCCCAGCAUUUGACUUCACAUUGCUCGGUGGCACGUUAGCAGUUAACAUUGUGUCUUUCACUAGCAUCCGACGGUACACCCGAAAACGCAAACUGCUCUCAGAGGGGAGUCUGACUGACGGAGGGGGAGGAGGAGGAGGGGGAGGGUGCCCUCACAGGCCCUCCUUUUCAGACAUCAAAGCUGCCAAGACAAUUGGCAUACUAACAUUUGCCUUCACAGCAUCCUUCACACCCAUCGCAGUGUUUGUGCUCGGGAAUGUGGUGGGAUACACCUGGUGUAACUUUUCCUUUUUUGCCUUCUGGAUUCUGACAGGAAACAGUUGCUGUAAUGUAAUUAUCUACAGUGUCAGGGACCACCGCUUCAGGAAGGGUGUGACACUGCUUUUCCAACGAGAACAGUCCCCCCCACAUGGCGAGAAGACCUGA